AAUUCAUUCAAAGCCUCUCAAUCUUGUUUGGCUCGUCCUUUCUUAAUCUAAUUUUGCCACACACUUAAAGUCCAUCAAACACCCAGAAAGAAAGAGACCAACCUUAACACAUUACAGCAGAAAUGGCUAGCUGCAGCAUGGCAUCAGCUGCCUCAGGCUUUGUGGUCAACCCAAAUGUUGCAACCAACUCAGGCUCCGCUACUAGCCGGAGUAGCAUGUUGUUUUUCUCUUCCAAGAGCAACACCAACGCCAGAACUAACAGUGGCAGGUUUGUGAUCAGGGCAGCCGAGGAAGGAGCAGCGCCGCCCGCCGCAGCCCCCAAGGCCCCCGAAGGUGCAGCUGCCACAAAGCCUAAGCCACCACCAAUUGGACCCAAGAGAGGCACCAAGGUGAAGAUUCUUAGGAGGGAGUCCUACUGGUUCAAAGGCAUUGGCUCUGUUGUAGCUGUGGAUCAGGACCCAAACACCCGUUACCCAGUCGUGGUUCGAUUCAACAAAGUUAACUACGCAAAUGUGUCCACAAAUAACUAUGCGUUGGACGAGAUUGAAGAAGUUAAAUGAGUUGGUUCUAGCAUUAAUGUAAAUUGUGAUCUUAAAUCUCCUUCUAUCAACCACUUUCUACUUUGUUCCUCAAUUGUGUAUCAUACUCUGUGAUUUCUUCCACCUUUUCUCAUUUAUGUUUCAAUUACAAGUUGGUAAAAGGUCCAAAGUGAUAGCGUUCUUA